AAUAUGCGUUAAUACAACACUAGAAUCUCAUUCAAAGAUAAAAUUUUGCUACAAAAACUAGAAAUGGCUAAGCAAUAUCCACAAGAUGAGUCCCUCCUUUCACUUCGACCAUUCGAUCUCACUACUGAUGUGGAUGAUCUGAUGGUUUGGGUGUCAGAUAAUCAAGUGGCACAUUUCUGUAGUUGGGACACCUACACCUCUAAGGAACAAGCAAUAGAGUACGUACACAAUUUUGUCCUACAACAUCCAUAUCACAGGGUAAUAUGCUUAAACAAUAGGGCAAUUGGUGCUAUUUCUGUUACUUGUAAUGCAGGAAAUGAUAAGUGUAGGGGAGAACUGGGGUAUGUCCUGGCAUCCCAGUAUUGGGGCCGAGGGAUUGCAACGUGGGCGGUGAAGGCGGUGGGUAGCGCGAUCUUCGAGGAGAGGCCGGAGUUGGAGAGGCUUGAAGCUCUUGUGGAUGUGGAGAAUGUAGGAUCACAAAGGGUUUUGGAGAAGGGUGGAUUUUUGAAGGAGGGUGUCUUGAGAAAGUAUUGUAUUCAGAAAGGGAGGACUCGUGAUAUGGUUAUGUUUAGUUUACUUUCUACUGAUGCAUCUACUCCCUCUGUCCCAAUUUAGUUGUUACAUUUGCUUUACCACAGUUUACGAGAUGCAACUUCAAGAACCAAUAUCUUGAGUUACAUAUAUGAAAAAAUUAUAAAAAUUAUAUAUUUGGAAAAUACAAAUUGGAACGAAUCAAACAAGAUCCAACAUGACUAUGUUUUUUCUUAUAUAUAUGGAGUAAAAGAUAGUCAAAGUUAUGACGUGAAUAGUGCCUACGGUCAAAAUGUAGCAACUAAAUUGGGACGGAAGGAGUAAUUCUUAGUUAUUCAUAAUUUUACUAUCUUUUGUGAUUUUAUUUCUUUGGUGAGAGGUCAUAAUCAUAUAUUGUAUAAUGUUUUUAUUGGGGUGCAAUAAGGUGAUAUAUGUAGUGUUGUCCCUCCAUUUCAAAAUAUAAGGAACGCAUAAUGUUCGAGGUCGAAUUUUGACCGUUAAUUAU